AUGGGUUUCUCUAAUUUCUUGCACGACAACUUUGUUCCUUACGUUCCUAAAUCUCUGGAACAGCUUCAAAGGACCCUGACAUCAGCAGAUGUGGAUUCACAGACGCUGAACAAGGGAGAGAAGGCCGGUGAUGUGAGCUCGGUCCAUUCGACUCUCACCUUCACUUCCAGAGACAGUUCUAACCAUCUCCACAGAAGUUUGAGAAGCAGACAUGUCCAGUUGCUUGGUAUUGGUGCCACAAUCGGUUCUGCUAUCUUCGUGGCCAUUGGUAAAGACUUGGUUUACGGCCCUCUCAACUUGUUGCUUGGGUUUAUUGUUUGGUCUAUUCCUAUCUUGUGUAUCACUAUCAGUACUGCUGAGAUGGUGACAUACUUGCCCAUCACCUCUCCUUUUGUUAGAUUGGCUGGUCGGUGCUGCGAUAACGCUUUGGAGGUUAUGACAGCCUGGAACUUCUGGUUUUUGUGCUGUGCUCAGAUUCCUUUUGAAGUUGUCACUGUGAACUCUAUUAUUCACUACUGGAGAGAUGACUUCUCCCCUGGUAUUCCAUUGGCGAUUCAGGUAGUGUUGUACUUCUUAAUCAAUAUCUUUGGUGUGGCUAUUUACGGUGAAGUCGAGUUUUGGUUGAGUUUGGGUAAAGUUAUCUUGGCUGUUGCUCUUAUUCUUUUCACUUUCGUUACAAUGGUUGGCGGUAAUCCUCAGAACGAUGCUUUUGGAUUCCGUUACUGGCGUGACCCUGGUGCUAUAAGUUCUUUCGAGUACACGGGAAGCACUGGUAACUUCAGAGGUUUCUUGUCCUGUUUGAUUAGAGCUACGUUCACUUUUGCUGGACCUGAGUAUGUUUCUCUCGUGGCCAGUGAGACCGUAAACCCAAGGAAGACAUUGCCGUCAGCCUACAAGCAGGUCUUCAUUAGGUUGACAGUUUUCUUUAUCGGAGGUGCCCUUUGUGUGGGUAUCUUGGUGCCUCACAAUGACCCUCUUUUGUUGGAGAGCCGUGGUGUUACCAAACCAGGUGCUGGUGGCUCCCCAUACGUCAUUGCUAUGCAAAACAUGGGAAUCAAGGUGUUCCCAGACAUUGUGAAUGGUUUGUUGAUUACAUCUGCUUUCUCGGCUGGUAACUCUUACACUUACUGUUCUUCUAGAACAUUGUACGGUUUUGCAUUAGACGGUUACGCUCCUAGAUUCCUCACAGCUACAACUAAGUCGGGUAUUCCAAUGUAUUGUAUGUUGAUUUCGUUGGCAUGGGCCUUCAUCUCAUUCUUGCAAAUGGAUCAAGGCUCAGCUGUUGUGUUGGAUUGGAUUAUCAAUUUGAUCACCUCUUGCCAGUUGAUCAACUUUAGCAUUUUGAGUUUUACCUACAUCUUUUUCUACCGGGCAAUGAAGGCUCAAGGCAUUGAUCGUCACUCUUUACCGUUCAGAGGAUGGUACCAGCCAUGGUUGGCUAUCUUUGGCGGUUGUAUGGCCUUUACAAUGACAUUUGUUGGUACUUACGAGAUUUUCAUGCCUGGUGGAUGGGACUACCAAGCAUUUUUGUUCUCCUACUUGAUGAUUUUCAUCGACAUUGGCAUAUUUGUGUUUUACAAGAUUUUUAGACGCACCAAGUUUAAGAAGGCUUCCGAAGUGGAUUUGGUGACCGGCCUUAAGGAGGUCGAAGAGCACGAGGCUUGGUACUACCAGCAACUUGAGGAGAAGAACCGUUUGAAGGAGAACGGCGAGAUCAAGUAUAGCUUGUGGCAGAGGUUUUGUACUGUUGUUUUUGGUAGUGAGCUUGAUUAA